CACCGCUGUUGCUCUCUCUAGCAGUGUUCUGAUAUUCAGGGCAUAGCAUUCGCAGCAACACCCUCUCUAAGGCAUUUAUACUAUGGAGAACCCACACGCUGAACGACAGAAUAUCCUCCUUCAGCGCAUCAUCAAGAAUGCCGAUAAAUGCACAGAAACAAUCAUUGAGUUGAAUCAUUGUCUGGAGGAGAUUAUCCGCGCAAACUCGCAGGUGAAGACAGCAGCAGAUUUGGUGACGAAAUAUCGGAAGAAUGUGCAAUACAACUUGGAGGCGAUGAAAGGCUCAGAAGAUGCGAAGUAGCUGUGUGUCGACCAGGAGGGACACGAGGGAUUUAUGUUGUUACCGAGCUCACCAAUCGUCAACUUCAGACUGCAUGAAUUACUGAAUAUGCUGUACAUUUUGUACUGUAGCCGUAUAAUGUAGACGUUAUGGAAGCAUCGCUCUUCUCAACGACAAGUACUGAUGACUGCUAUGUGAAAUGGCGGUUUUGUUGUCCUUCCUGAGUCCU